CGGCGACUUCCACGCGGUUCCCAGCAGCUUUCGCUUGUCCCAGGGACUCUUCUGAGAAGAUGCCGAAAGCCAAGUCUGCAGCGAGUAGCCGCCGGCGGGAUCGGCAGGAGCAGCGGCAGGAGCUGAAGCGAGCUGGAGGACUCAUGUUCAACACAGGGAUCGGACAACAUAUUUUGAAAAAUCCUUUAAUUGUUAACAGCAUCAUCGAUAAGGCUGCUUUAAGACCAACUGAUGUGGUGCUGGAAGUUGGGCCUGGGACUGGUAACAUGACUGUCAAGCUGUUAGAAAAGGCCAAAAAGGUAGUUGCCUGUGAACUUGAUCCAAGGCUAGUGGCUGAACUUCACAAAAGAGUUCAGGGCACGCCUCUGGCCAGCAAGCUCCAGGUCCUGGUGGGAGAUGUAUUGAAAUCGGAUUUGCCAUUCUUUGAUGCUUGUGUGGCAAACUUGCCUUAUCAGAUCUCCUCUCCCUUUGUCUUCAAGUUGCUGCUCCACCGGCCAUUUUUCAGGUGUGCUAUACUUAUGUUUCAAAGAGAGUUUGCUCUUCGUUUGGUUGCCAAGCCUGGGGAUAAAUUAUACUGUAGACUCUCCAUUAAUACACAGCUUUUAGCACGCGUGGACCAUCUAAUGAAGGUGGGGAAGAAUAACUUCAGACCGCCCCCCAAGGUGGAGUCUAGCGUGGUAAGGAUAGAACCUAAGAAUCCGCCACCACCCAUCAAUUUUCAGGAAUGGGAUGGCUUAGUAAGGAUCACUUUUGUUCGGAAAAACAAGACACUGUCUGCUGCAUUCAAAUCAAGUGCAGUACAACAGCUGUUGGAAAAAAACUACAGAAUUCACUGUUCAGUACAGAAUACUGUAAUUCCAGAAGAUUUCAGUAUAGCAGAUAAAAUACAGCAAGUCCUAACCAGCACAGGUUUUAGUGACAAACGGGCCCGUUCCAUGGACACAGAUGACUUUAUCAGGUUGCUACAUGGAUUCAAUGCAGAAGGUAUCCACUUCUCCUAGCCACUUGGAAACCAAGAAAAAACUGAAAUUAUACAAUCCUAAUAUUUGAGAAUACCACUGAUUUUGUUCUACAGGACAUCAUUUACUUUUUAUUUAAUAAUACUUUUAUACCAUUUAUUAUCCUGUAUGUGAAAGGUGGUUGGGAUAUGUAUAUAUAUAUAUAUAUAUAGCUUCUAGUGUUUUAAAUAUACUACGAAGGGCCGGGUUCGAUAAAAAUAUAAUGGUCUUCCAAGUUUGAAAGCCGCAGACUCGCACAACCAUACACUUAUGCUUUCUAACAACUUAUUGUAUGAAGAUGGUACUUUUACAGACUGUGAUGCUCACUUAGUGGCCUACAGCUCACUCAACUAAUGAAAAAGCCCCCAUACUACUCCCCAUUCACAUAUACUGAAGUACUUAAUGUGACUUUUCCUCACACACCUUCAUCUCAUGUAUAUUAUACACACACACACACACACACACACAUAGUUCCUAUGUGUUAAUGUUUGCCUGUUGCAACACAAACAACAUAAUUCUGGGAGCUAGAGUCUGAUGUAAUGACACAGUACAGGCAUGUUCUGCAUAUGACUCUACCUGUGAAAUGUAGAAGUUUAGAAAAAACACCUAACUUCUGUUAAAUCAUGUAUUUUCUUAAGAGAGACAAGAUCUACAAUUUUCAGAUUUAGAAAAAUUCUGGAGGGUUUUGUCAAUUAAAUAGGUUAUUUAU